GAGCGAUAAGUUUGUGUAUGGCUGCGCUUGCAUUCACUCAAGGACAUGUUGGUUUAAAUUUCCUUAUUUUUAUCGCUUGGCUCGCCCAUUAAUCGUGAAAUGGCAGUCCUUGGUUUCUGAUGACGAUGUUUUUUCCUGCAAGCGUUUGUUACCUUCGCUUUAUGACGAGAAACUUCCAGUAAACAAUGAAGUUGAUAGAAGCUGCAGUUUUGUUCGCUCCUAGCAAUUGUGUAGAUCGCUCUAAAAGAGUUGCGUUCAGUCGUGAAAAAGUGCGAUGACUAUGAAGCAUCUAUUGCACGUAUUUUCCUUGUUGUGUCUAAUAGUCCAACUGGUUGCGUUACCCUCGGAGUACGCUCAACAAAAAAUAUUUCAUGCUUUGGAUGAAAUUUUUGAACGAAAAGACAACUUUCCCACCUUUCCUCAAUUUGGAUCAGGGUUGCCACCCAAAGCCUCUCACUUGUCUGAAAAGAGCAGUUUUGGCGAAUUCCCCCCCUUCAAUGGAUUCCAUUUAGAGGCCAAAAAUACCAAGGACGAUGGCGAUACCUCGGGAUAUGGACCUCAAGGAGACUUACUUCCGCCAGAAAGAAAUUCUCAACCAAGAUUGCCCAUUGAUUCGCCUUCCUAUGAUCUUGCCGAAACAGGGGUUUUAUACGCACCAGACAUAGCGUACGAAGAUCAGCCUCGGGAAUACAUAUAUGACGAUGGAGAUGGAGAAGGCAUCCGUGUGGAUUAUAGCGAGUAUCCGGCAGACGACUUCUAUUAGGUGAAUGGUGCUUUGGAUUUGGUGUUAUGGUGCUAUUCAGUGUUUGGAUCGUCUGGAUAAAGAAAAACUUUGAUGAAGCCAAAUUAUGUCAAGUGUUUGCCAAUUUGACGCUUCAGUCUCGAUUCGGCGGCGAAUCUCAAUUUUUUGUUUGAUUUGACCAUUGAAAUAUAUAUAAAUUGAUAUGAAAU